GAACACUGGUCUCACUGUUUGUGUUUUUGUGAAAUUAGUGAAUAAGAAAAAGUCAAGGAGAAAUGCUCGAGAAUUGCCAAAAGCACCAUAUGGUGCUGGGCCUGGGAGCGCUCACACUGGUCACGAUUUUGGUGCUAAUAAUCGAAUCACGGUACGCCGCCGAUGGAGGCGUUGGCAGCCGUCGACGGGCGCAACAGCAAUUCGCUAUCGAGAACAAUUCCACAUGUUGGAAGCAAGGGCCUUAUACUGUUAUUCAGGAGUGCCACCCAUGCUCGGAGUUCGACAUUGUGAGUCGCAGUGUAGGCGUCUGCAUUCACACCCACUAUAAGGAGCUGCUCAAGUGUCAGAACGGCGAGAUUGUGACAAAAAGCUGCGACAGGGUAGCGCUCAUUGAUCAGCGCAAUUUCAUAAAGUUCGAGAUACUGUGCUUUGUUGUGGCCGCGUUGGGAUAUCUGGUGUCUUAUGCCAGGGAUCGGGUGUUACUGAGGCGCACGCAUCUGAAGAUAGAACGUCAGCUGAAUCGGGUGCAGUAGCUGUGGAGAAAUACUCUAAAUUAUAGUAUAGUAUGAAGAAAAUUCUCUUGUGAACGAUUCGCAUAAUUUAUUUAGUUUUUAAGUACAUAAACAGUUUUUAAAAUUCACGCUAAUACUAAACGACAAAAAAUA